GUUAUCGAGGAACUAUGCAGCGAUGGGCGGGAACUCCAUUUGGCGGGUAAAAACAAUGCCGGCAACUAAGCUGACAUCAAGAGCCACACAAAGCGUAGGCAACAGUAAAAGACAAGUUGUACAGUAUACAGCCAAGCUGCACUGCACGGUGCAAACCUUGUGUCAAAACCUCGCUUAACCUUCCGCUUCCACGUUCCGCUUCUGUGCGGCGUGCGUCAAAGUUGGCCCCCGGAUGUAUCGUGAUUAUUUUUAAUAUGUCCUAGCUUCAAUUGGCUCAGCUCAAGGCGCGCUGAGCGGGAAAAUGGUGCACGGGGCAGGCGCAGACGCUGCCGUCUCGCUUAAGCGCUUGCACCUGUUCACCCACCCUUCACUCCUGUAUGGAGUUAUAGAUAAAACCCGUCCGGCACGCUUCCUUCAGCGCAACCUCAGCUACGCGCUCUCUAGGAAGCAUGCGGUCGAGGCCACAGGGUCGGAGCUGCGUGUGCGGCUAGACGGACUGGCUGUGUCCGGCAAGGGGGUACCGCAGCAGGUGACGCUGUUGGUGGUGCUGGCGGAGGCGGCGAGCACUGGACGGGACUUCAAGCCGGUUCGAGCCGCCGCGGUCGCACUCGACACCGGCGUGCCCCAGCCAGGCAGCGGCGGCGACGGCUCCGGGAAUGGCGCGCACCAGGAGGGGGAGGAGGAGGGGUGCGAGGGUGGCACGGGCGGCACGGGGGGCGCAGUGCGCGAGCCGCGGCCCCGCACGGUGUGCCUGCCGCUGCCGAAGCGGCCGCUCACCAGGCCGGUGCUGCUGCUGCUCGCGUCAGACCACCACCCACAGCUGCAGGGGCUACAGCCCGAGUCUCGGGUGGCGCGCCUUGUGAACACGGACCUGCGCCCGACCAACCGCAAGUUGCUGGGGCUACUGUCGGACCCCUGCAUUGCCUGGGCCGCGCUACAGCCGCUGGACGGCGUGCUCGGCGCCGCGGAGGGCGCCGCUACAGCCGCUGCGGCGACAAACGGUGGCAGUAGCAGCGCCGACGAGGACGAGCGUGGAAGGAAGCGGAGGCAGGAGGGCGCGGGGGCUGUGGGCGAGCUGCAGCUGCAGCGCUGCCGCCUCACAAGGUCCACGUGCAGCUUGUCGGGGGGAGCAGGGCGCACGUUGACCACCCACCUGCUCAAUGUAGACCGCAGCCUGUCUUCGGCAGGGCAGCAGCAGAAGCAGGCUGAGCAGGGGGAGGGACGCGGUCGGGCCAAGCGCAGCAUGCGCAGCUCGAAGGACGGCGGCGCGGCGGCAGCGGGGGAGGGGGCGGCCCCAACGCUGCCGCCGGCGGCGGACGGCCAGGCGGCGGUGGUGGAAUCAUUUGCGGUGUGCGUGCGGGAGCUGCGCACCGUGAUGAUGCCCCCCGCCUCUGGCGCUGCAGCGGCGGCCGCAGCAGCUGCGCAUCAGGAAUCGCCUGAUGCCGACGAGGGCUCUGUGGUGGAGUUCCGGUACGUGUUCGACGAUGCGUCAUGGGCGGCGGCGGCGGCGGAAGCGGGCCUGGCCGACGGCGACGCUGCCUGGGCAACCGGAGAUGCCCUGAAGGGCAUGGGCACGGCGGCGGCGGCGGCAGCUGCGGCGGCGGCUAACGCAACCGGAAGCGGUGGUGAUGGCGCCGGCGGCGUCUCCGCACGUGCGGACUGGAUGCAGGAGCAGCUCGCGAACAUCGCGGCGAAGGAGGCGGCGGCGAAGGAGGCGGCUGCUGCGGCUGCUGUAGAGGCGGCGGAGGCAAAGGAGGCGGACCAGCACCAGGGCCGCAAGAAGGGCGGGCGGGGCGGCGCGGUGAAGCAGGGCAAGGAGCAGACGCAGGCGACUGCCGCGGCCCCCGCCGCAGUGCCCUUUAAGGAGCGCUUCUUCAGUGAGGAGCUCCGCAUCGGCCCGGGCGGCGCGUGCAGGUGCCUCAUGUGCCCCGUUGUGUGCGCCGGCUUCAAGGGCCUAGCAGCGCACCUACCCGCAAGCCACGGCCUCUACCGAUACAUAUGCACCCCGGCGGCGCCCGCGGAGCCGCCGCAAUCAGCGCUGACGGCGGAGGGCGGCGGCGGCAGCAGCAGGCGUGGGCAUGGGGCGGCCAAGGGAGGUGCCGUCGGCAUGGACGGCGGCGCCGGCGAUGCAGCGCCGGCAAAGGAGCGGCGGCAUGUGGUGGAGGUGCGGCUGCCGGCCGAGGCCGUGGACUUUGCUCGGCGCGACCUGAAGGCAGCUGUGGAGGACGUGCUGGUGCUGGCGGCGCUGCCCUCGGCCGACACCUCGCCCGGGGCCGAGCCCUCGCCCCGGGCAGAGACGGCGGCCGUGCCGCCCGUCCAGCAGCGCCUGUCCUGGCGGUACGUGCGGCGCGCGGGCAUGCGCGGCCCGGUGCUCAUGCGAGGCAUCCUGUCGCGUCAGGUGGCGGCGCGCCUGGGCAUCCCGGACAGCGCCUCCGGCUCUGAGUCGGACUCUGGUGCAGGCUCGGAUUCGCAGCAGAGCGACGAUGACGUUGUGAUUCUGGAUGAUGAGAUGGAGGUGGAGGGAGAGGAAGCUGGGGCAGCCGGGAAGAAGGGCAAAGGCAAGGAGAAGCAGGGGCGCAGGGGCGCGGCGGAGAAGCCGCCGGGCAAGGCACAGCCGGACCUGAAGGCAUCGCGCGGCCGGCAGGCUGCGAAGAAGGUGGCGGAGCCGCCGGCAGCUGCCGGCGCCAAGGCUGCUGCUGCUGCCGCUGUGGAGGAGGGAGCGACUGCUACUGCCGCUGGUGCUGGAGAUGGUGCUACUGCCGAUGCUUGGGAGGACGGCGCGGGCCCCACGGAGCUGGUGCAGGUCACGGUGGAGGCCGUCCGCCGCACCAUUGCCGGGGAUGCAUUGAAGGCGGCAGCGGCAGGGAAAGGCGCGGACGCGGUCGCCGAGCCGGCCGUCGCCGGCACCGCUGUUGGUGGUGAGCCGCAACUGCAGCCGGCGCAGCGCCGCUCCGGCGGCGGCGCAGCUGCCCCCGCCGCUGCCCCCAGGCACCCUUCUGCGCACGUGCUGCCACCCUCGGCCCUGGCUCCGGGGAUCCACCCGCCGGGCCGGCGCUACUUUCACUGCCGCAGCGCGGUGCCCGGCCUGGCCGCCGAGAUGUUCGGGCCGUACGACAGCGAUGACGACACGGACGAUGAGGAGUGGGAGGCCGCGUUUGACCGGCAUAUGACCACAUCAAGCACACGCAUGUACACGCCGCUGAGCGACCCCGAGCGCGCCUUCUUCAAGCUGUGGAGCGCCUUCGCCCGGCGGCGGCCGCUCUACGCCGACUUCAUCACCCGCAAGAGGUGCCUGGAGUUUGCCCGCGAGCACGGCCCUCAGCUUCGAGCCGACCCGGGCCUGCGCUCGGCGCUGGCGCUGCACCUGCUGCUCCUGCGCGAGAUGAACCUGGUGGACCCGCGGCUCAUAGCACGCUGCCUGCAGGUGGCGGACGGCAGCAUCGCGCCCACACCCGAGGAGGAUGAGCGCUUCCUUGCCAUCCGCGUCAGCGGCCCCGGCAGCCGCGCCGCCAGCGCCGCCGUGGUGGCCGCCGCCACCGGUGCCGGCGGCGUCGCUCCAGGCGCUGGCAACCUCGGUGACGAUGACGACCGCCGCCCGCCGGGCGCCGGCAGCGGCACCGGCGCGCGCCGUGGUGGCGGCGGCAGCGGGCCGGGCGGCGCCGGUGGCGCCGCGGACCCCGACGCUGGCAGCGGCAGUGGCGACGACGACGAUGGCGGCGAGGCCUCCGGCGAUGGGGAGUAUGAGGAUGAGGACGGGGAAGACGACGCGAUGGAGGAGGCGGAAGAGGUGGCGGCGGCGGCGGAGGCAACGCGCGGCCACAAGCGUGGCGACUCGCUCCGUGGCGCUGCGCCGCGCGGGCAGCCGCCCGGCCCGCGUCAGCGGCGCGGUGGCGGUAGCGGCGGAGGCGCCAGCAGCAACAGCGCUCCGGAAGGACCGGCGCGCAAGACGCCGGCUGCAGGCGCCCGCGGCGCUGCGGCAGGAGCAGGAGCCGCGGCGGCAGCGGGCGUUGCUGCGGCGGCGUUGGACGGGGCUUCGGUCGAGGCCGAGUCACCUGUAACAAUGGAGGGUGUGGAGGGGCCAGCGCGGCACGGCAACCGCGAUGGCGGCGCCAAGAAGGCUCAGCUCCAGCCCCCUCAGAAGCCGCAGGCACAGCAGCCACAGCAGCGUCAGUUGGAGGAGGAGGCUGCCGUGACGUCGGGGCCAGCUGCUCACUUGAAGGCAGGUCCGGCUUUGACUCUGGCCAGGCGCACCAAGCUGGCGGCAGCGGCGGCGGCGCCGCUGCCGCCGCGGCCCCUGCAGGGCCGGCACGCCCCAGUUGCAGUGUCGGGCAAGGGAGGGGCGGCGGCGGCAUUGUCCAGCGGCGUGGCGGCGGCGGGAGGGAAGGAGAAUGUCGGCGCUGCGAGCGGCCGGCGUUAGCGUGUGUUGACGUGUUAUGGUGUUGUGCUGCUGGUGGAAAACCCAUACCGCUACGCAGUAAUAACCGGAGGGCCCCCCUCCGGCGCUCGAUGCGACCGCAAUGGCUUCUGCCCGUCCCCCUUCGGGGGAAGGGGCAAGCCAACAGGCGGCGGGUGACGCAUCAUGCCAAGCCAGCGGCUCUCAGGGUGUAUGCAUCAAGGGCGGGUUGUGAGACAGCAGGCAGGCAGGCGGGCAGGCAUGGUAGUAUGAGGGCCGUAAACACGGCUAAUACCGUACUGUAGGGCAGGGGCUGUCGGUUUGGCCUCGUGUCGGGUCAGGACUGUGAUGCCAGCUACUACUUGUAGAUAGGGGCUAGGUGCACAGCCCAGUGCACCCGGCGUCUUGCGGGGGCGUUCAGUGAUUUGCCGGUACAGGUAGACUCUGUUGCAGGUGUGGCCAUUGACUUGAUGUGCAGACGGAGCCCCUUAGUGACAGCGGUGACAGGGGCGGCCGAGUCGGUUGUCGGCGUUGUGCAAGCAGCGACGAAGGCAUCAUGCGCGACAACACGAGUGAGCCUGGGCGCAGUCGCAUGAGGUGAUAGCAAGGAUAUGCGUGCGUGUCCAGUGGACCGCGCUGUUAGGACACUGAUGCACUAGCGUAAUGACAUGCAGUGUGGGCCAUUUGUGGCAUAGGGGCGUGGUUCGAGGCAUCGGAAGGUUGAAGUCGAGCGGGCGCUCCGUCAUGUGCUUUAGGGAGCUGUUGGGUUCGUCCGUAGACGGUACUCGCCGUUGCGACUACGGUUGCGCUGUAGGCGCUGCACGGGGGAUUCCAAUCACGCGGUCCGGCCUCCGUCCGGUGGCCUGUUCGGAGCUAGCCGGCUUACACCGUUGCGGUUGUCGCCUGCUCUAGGCGUAGACCCAACACACUGUUGCUUCGUGUGGGAACACGGGAAGCGCAAAGAGAGACUCGGAUGCCCCCGGUCGGCUGGACAGUGACCGACUACCGUCCACGGUCUGUAAUUAGCCACUUGU